GAAAAGUUCAGCGUGCAGUUCCACACAAUUGUUCGCGCUUUUAAGGUAUGCCUGUUAUUAACUCGCAUUCAUUGUGGAAUUACAUGUUUACGUAAAACUAAUAUUUGAUUUAUCCUUGUUAUAUUCAUUUCGAAAUCAGAAAAAGUCUAAAUUUAUUUUAAUAAUAAUUAUAUUAUUACCGUUAUUAUUAUAUUGUAAAGGUCGCACGUCUUUGUUGCCCAGUUCAAGUCCAACAACUAAAGCCAGAUGCUGCUGCACUCGAAGAAUUUAGCAACUUUCCAUUCGUGAAUGACAACACAAUAGCCAACUUAGCUAAUGAGUUGCCAGAUUAUCUUGCGGCUGUUGAUGGCGUCACUUUAGGCAAUGAAGAUGAAAAAGUUACCUGGUGGGCAGCACAACGCGAGACUUUACCACACUGGUCAGCUCUGGUGAAGCUAGAAGUUGCUUCUAAUCCAGCCUAG